CGAAAAUACCUCUUUGUGGUGAGAGGACUUAUGACUUUUUCGUGGUUUUUCCAAAGCGUCACACUGCAAAGAGUUGUUGUUGCGCGCGGGUGGACGACGAGAAAAAAUUGAAGACGCGGAUGAAAACAACGGUGGAUUUUCACCCAACGCUCGUGAUUUUCGACCGCUUUUGAGUGAAGAAGAGAAACAAACCGCCUGUUUUUUAACUGCAUGCCUGCGUGCGGCUGUGUGUGUGUGCGCGCGUGUACGUGUUCGUAGUUUAGACGCGCUGCUCGCCGCGAUUUCUGUUGUUUUGUGUGGCCCCUGUAACAGUAAAUACUCUGAAAAAUGUGGGCGAAACGUGUGCGAUAAAUAAAAGCCCGAGAUAGCGAAAGAAGAAAGAGUGUCCGACUUGGAGUCUGCUAAACAGGCGCUGUCGAUGUCCGCCAGUUAGCCAAGUUCAGAGACAUCCUACGAUCAAAACGAGCUAACGUUGCAAUAAAAAAACGCCCCCUCCUUUCCCUCCCCCACAACUAAUCGAAAAGCCGGCAAGACGACGUCCAAGAAGAAGCAGUCACAGCCGACGCGGCCGAAGACGAGCAGCAUGUUCAAGUGCAUUCCCAUCUUCAAGGGCUGCAAUCGGCAGGUGGAGUUCGUGGACAAGCGCCACUGCUCCCUGCCGCAGGUCCCCGAGGAGAUCCUCCGGUACUCGCGGACUCUGGAGGAGCUCUUCCUGGACGCCAACCACAUCCGGGACUUGCCCAAGAAUUUCUUCAGAUUGCAUCGCCUGAGAAAGCUGGGACUGAGUGACAAUGAAAUUGGCCGCCUGCCGCCGGAUAUACAAAACUUUGAAAAUCUCGUCGAGCUCGACGUUUCACGCAAUGAUAUACCCGACAUUCCCGACGAUAUCAAGCAUCUGCAGAGCCUGCAGGUGGCCGAUUUCAGUUCGAACCCGAUACCCAAGUUGCCCUCGGGCUUCUCCCAGCUGAAGAACCUGACCGUCCUGGGCCUCAACGACAUGUCGCUCACCACAUUGCCAGCGGAUUUUGGCAGCCUGACUCAAUUGGAAUCCCUGGAGCUUCGCGAGAAUCUGCUCAAGCACCUGCCCGAGACAAUAAGCCAGCUGACGAAGCUGAAGCGUCUGGAUCUGGGCGACAACGAAAUCGAGGAUCUACCACCCUAUCUGGGAUAUCUGCCGGGUCUGCACGAGCUUUGGCUGGAUCACAAUCAGCUGCAGCGUUUGCCGCCGGAGCUGGGACUUCUAACCAAACUGACCUACCUCGAUGUCUCCGAAAAUCGACUGGAGGAGCUGCCCAACGAGAUCAGCGGACUGGUCAGCCUGACGGACCUCGAUCUGGCCCAGAAUCUGCUCGAGGCCCUGCCCGAUGGCAUUGCCAAGUUGAGCAGACUGACCAUUUUGAAAUUGGAUCAGAAUCGAUUGCAGCGGUUGAACGAUACUCUCGGAAAUUGCGAAAACAUGCAGGAGCUGAUACUCACCGAGAACUUUCUCUCCGAGCUGCCCGCCUCCAUUGGCCAGAUGACCAAGUUAAGCAAUCUGAACGUGGAUCGCAAUGCCCUGGAGUACCUGCCCCUGGAGAUUGGUCAGUGUGCCAAUCUGGGCGUGCUGAGUCUGCGGGACAACAAGCUGAAGAGGCUGCCACCGGAGUUGGGCAACUGCACCGUGCUGCAUGUGCUCGAUGUGAGCGGUAAUCAGUUGCUGUAUCUGCCCUACUCGCUGGUCAAUCUGCAGCUGAAGGCCGUCUGGCUGUCCGAGAAUCAGUCACAGCCGCUGCUCACCUUUCAGCCGGACACGGAUGUGGAGACGGGCGAACAGGUGUUGUCGUGCUAUCUGCUGCCCCAGCAGGAAUACCAGCCAAUUACCCCAGCCCGUGACCUGGAAUCCGAUUCGGAGCCGUUCGAGGAGCGCGAACCAUCGCGCACCGUGGUCAAGUUCUCGGAGGAGGCCACCCAAGAGAAGGACACGCCCUUCGUGCGCCAGAACACGCCGCAUCCCAAGGAUCUCAAGGCCAAGGCGCAGAAGCUGAAGGUGGAGCGCAGUCGGAACGAGGAGCACGCCAAUCUGGUCACCCUUCCGGAGGAGAACGGCACCAAGUUAGCCGAGACCCCAACUGAGACCCGAACCAUUGCAAACAAUCACCAACAGCAGACACUCCCAGUGCAGCAACCAAUCGUUGGUGUAAAUUCCAAGCAACCAGUGGUUGUGGGUGUAGUCACUCCAACCACGACGAUAGUCGCCCCAGCCGGCGUACAGGGUGGCUCAGAGGGAGCCAGCUCCACCGCCAACAAUGUGAAGGCGGCAACAGCAGCUGUGGUGGCUGAACUAGCAGCCACUGUUGGUGGUGGUGAUGAGGUCCAGGAUGACGACGAGCAGGAGGAUGAGUUUGAAUCCGAUCGCCGUGUGGGCUUUCAAGUGGAGGGCGAAGAUGAUGACUUCUACAAGAGGCCACCCAAACUACACAGAAGGGACACUCCGCAUCACCUAAAGAACAAGCGUGUCCAGCAUUUAACCGACAAGCAGGCCAGUGAAAUCUUGGCCAAUGCCCUAGCCUCCCAGGAGCGGAACGAUACCACACCGCAGCACUCGCUGUCCGGCAAAGUGACAUCACCAAUUGAGGAGGAGGAGCAGCUGGAGGUGGAGCAGGAGCAGCAACAGCAGCAGCAUCCCUUCGACUCCUCGCUCUCGCCCAUUCCGGCUGGCAAAGCAGCAGAGGCUAGCACCGACCCAGACAACUUGGAUGGCGUUACGGAGCUGCGUUUGGAGCAGUACGAAAUCCACAUCGAGCGCACCGCCGCCGGAUUGGGUCUGAGCAUUGCCGGUGGCAAGGGCUCAACGCCCUUCAAGGGAGACGACGAUGGCAUCUUCAUAUCAAGGGUCACCGAAGCGGGACCCGCUGAUCUGGCUGGCCUCAAAGUGGGCGACAAGGUGAUCAAGGUCAACGGCAUUGUUGUCGUGGAUGCGGAUCACUACCAGGCGGUGCAGGUGCUAAAGGCCUGCGGUGCCGUGCUUGUUCUGGUAGUACAGCGUGAGGUGACUCGCUUGAUUGGACACCCCGUGUUCAGCGAGGAUGGCAGUGUGUCCCAAAUCUCGGUGGAGACGCGACCACUGGUGGCGGAUGCCCCUCAAGCUGCAUCCAUUAGCCACGAGCGUUACAUCCCGGCACCCAUCGAAAUUGUGCCCCAACAGCAGCACCCACAGCAACAGCAGCCCAUUCAGCAGGUGGCUCCAACGCAUAGCUAUUCGGGCAACGUUUUUGCCACACCCACUGCCGCACAAUCGGUGCAGGCUGCGGCAUCUGCAGCGCCCAACGGAUUGCUACUGAAUGGCAGGGAGGCGCCACUGAGCUACAUCCAGCUGCACACAACGCUCAUCCGCGAUCAGAUUGGCCAAGGACUGGGCUUCAGCAUUGCGGGCGGAAAGGGGUCGCCGCCGUUCAAGGACGACUGCGAUGGCAUUUUCAUAUCCCGCAUCACGGAGGGCGGACUAGCGCACCGUGAUGGAAAAAUUAUGGUGGGCGACCGGGUGAUGGCGAUUAACGGCAACGAUAUGACUGAAGCCCAUCAUGACGCAGCCGUCGCCUGUUUGACUGAACCGCAGCGAUUUGUGCGUUUGGUGUUGCAACGCGAGUACAGAGGUCCACUCGAACCGCCGACGAGUCCGCGCAGUCCGGCAGUGCUCAACUCUUUGAGCCCAUCCGGAUAUCUGGCCAACCGACCGGCUAAUUUCAGCCGAUCGGUGGGGGAAGUUGAGCAGCCGUACAAGUACAACACCCUGGCUACGACCACGCCCACACCGAAGCCCACUGUGCCAGCGAGUAUAAGCAACAAUAAUAACACUCUGCCCAGCAGCAAGACCAAUGGAUUUGCCACUGCUGCUGCCACGAUAGAGAGCUCCGCGGGGCAACCAGUGCCCGCUCCCCGUCGCACCAACUCCGUUCCACUGGGAGAUGGAGACAUGGGGGCGGGAUCCACCACCAGUGGUGAUUCUGGCGAGGCUCAGCCCUCCUCGUUGCGACCGCUGACCAGCGAUGAUUUUCAGGCGAUGAUCCCGGCACACUUCCUCAGCGGCGGCAGUCAGCAUCAGGUGCAUGUGGCCCGGCCCAACGAGGUGGGCGUGAGUGCCGUCACGGUGAAUGUGAAUAAGCCACAGCCGGAUCUGCCCAUGUUCCCGGCGGCACCCACCGAACUUGGCCGCGUCACCGAGACGAUCACCAAGUCAACGUUCACGGAGACGGUGAUGACGCGCAUCACCGACAAUCAGUUGGCGGAGCCGCUUAUCAGUGAGGAGGUUGUGCUGCCCAAGAACCAGGGCUCCCUGGGAUUCAGCAUCAUCGGCGGCACGGAUCAUUCCUGUGUGCCCUUCGGCACUCGAGAGCCCGGCAUUUUCAUAUCGCACAUUGUGCCCGGCGGGAUUGCCUCCAAGUGCGGCAAGCUGCGCAUGGGCGAUCGCAUAUUGAAGGUCAACGAGGCGGAUGUUUCCAAGGCCACACAUCAGGAUGCUGUUCUGGAGCUGCUGAAGCCAGGUGAUGAAAUCAAGCUGACCAUUCAACACGACCCACUGCCGCCAGGAUUCCAGGAAGUGCUACUCAGCAAGGCGGAGGGCGAACGUUUGGGCAUGCACAUCAAGGGCGGCUUGAAUGGCCAGCGCGGUAAUCCGGCCGAUCCCUCCGACGAAGGCGUCUUCGUGUCCAAAAUUAACUCGGUCGGUGCGGCCAGACGGGACGGAAGGCUUAAGGUGGGCAUGCGUCUGCUGGAGGUUAAUGGACACUCGCUGCUGGGUGCCUCGCACCAGGAUGCGGUCAAUGUGCUGCGCAACGCCGGCAACGAGAUUCAAUUGGUUGUCUGCAAAGGCUACGACAAGUCCAAUUUAAUUCAUUCCAUUGGCCAGGCCGGCGGCAUGAGCACUGGCUUCAACUCGUCUGCAUCCUGUAGCGGUGGCAGUCGCCAAGGCUCGCGUGCAUCGGAAACGGGCUCGGAACUGAGCCAGAGUCAGAGUGUAUCCAGCUUGGACCACGAGGAGGAUGAGCGUCUGCGACAGGACUUCGACGUCUUCGCCUCGCAGAAGCCAGACACACAGCAGCCAACUGGCCAAUCGGUUCUGGCAGCCGCUGCUGCCAUGGUGCACGGCGCUGCGUCGCCCACACCUCCUGCUGCCACCUCCAAUACAACUCCAUUACCCACAGCCGCGCCAGUGGCAUCUGCUGAUUUAACAGCACCGGACACGCCAGCCACGCAGACUGUGGCGCUCAUUCACGCAGAACAGCAGGCCCAUCAACAACAGCAACAGCAGCAGCAGACGCAGCUGGCGCCUUUGGGUCAGGAGAAGAGCACCCAGGAGAAGGUGCUGGAAAUUGUACGCGCGGCUGACGCCUUCACCACCGUGCCACCAAAGUCGCCAUCGGAGCACCACGAGCAGGAUAAGAUACAGAAGACGACGACGGUUGUCAUAUCGAAGCACACGCUCGAUACGAACCCAACCACCCCCACAACGCCGGCGGCACCUCUUCCCAUCGCCGGUGCAGAGUCAGCGAACUCGACCAGUGCUCCUUCUCCAGCUGUUCCAGCAUCCACGCCCGGCUCAGCGCCAGUUCUUCCUGCCGUGGCCGUGCAGACACAGACGCAAACGACCUCCGCGGAGCAGGAUGAAGAGGAGCAGUCGCAACUACAGCAACGAGGCACCCAGACUCCAGAUCGCCUGGCCCCCGGAGCACGUUACUCUUAUCAGCAGAUGCUGGAGUCGCAGGAGGAGAACCGAGCUUCUGGCAAAGCCACCCAAGCGAAGCCCAAGAAGGCGGAGCCCGUGUACAUUAUCGAUGACGAGGACGAUGAUGAAGACGAUGACGAUGACGCAGAUUCCCAGCGGCUGGACGACAUCGACGCUAUCCCAGAGGAGGAAGAGGAGGACACGGAGAGCUCUCCGCCUUUGGAGGUGCAGUCGCCACCUUCCUAUGCAGACACGGAUUCCGAUACCUUCGAUCGUCGGCGUGGGCGGUAUACCAGUGACUCGGAAAGCGACUGCCGGCCGUACAAACAAUCGAGAUCGGGUCGCAGUACGCCGGAGUACGGUGGUCAUCGCAAGUCUGUAAGCUUCGAUCUCAGUGGAGACGAGCGCUCCAAGUCAGACUACGAGCGAUCCCGCUCCCGCACUCCAGAUUGUUAUACUAGGGCCUACGAUUCUGAGCAGGAUACUCGCGGAUCAGGACGUAAUCGCUUGCCGCGCAAAGGCAUCUUGAGGGCAACUAGUCCGUGCCCCACGCUAGAAAAAUCGGAACCCAUUGUGCCAGCAGUGGCACGCAUCCGUGAUGUGGAAUCGCCGCAACUUCAGCGCGUCUCACGGGCCACUUCCCCUGAUCGACCUGGCGAACUGGACCGGGAAAAUCCAUUCCGUCACCCCACUUCCGAGGAUGAUGAGUACACGCGGAUAGCGAAGGAGGUCAGCAAAUCGCCACGAUCGCCGCGCUCCACCCGCGAGCAAUUCUUCUUUGGCUCUUCGAGAUCCAGUGAGGAUCUGCUGGAACAAUACCAGUCGCAAUCCAGCGGUCGCAGCACCCCCAACACAGUGAUCUCCAAGUCCACGGAGAAUCUCACCGGCACGCGGCCAAAGGUACCUCCACCCACAGCUCCAAAACCGCAAUUGAAGAAGGCGAACCUGGUGCGAAAUGUAGCACUGGAGACAUUCCAGGCCAGCGAUGUGGGACAAGGUGAUUUUACGGUGUUCGAGCACGAUGCCAGCACGAACACGAUCCAUCCCGUGGAGGCCAAAGUUCCCGUUAGGGUCUCAACAAAGACGAAACCGAAUCGGCCGAGGGAAUCACCACCGCCGCCGCCAGUGAAUUUCGCCACUCUUCCGAAGUUGCCAAGCACGCCAACCUUGCGAGAGGGAGAGGAGUCCAUCUACAUGGAGGCCCUGCCACCGACGCCCUCGCAGCUUCGUCCCCACGAGUUCUUGCACGAAAACUCACCGGACAAUAUUCUGGUGUCGCCGCAGGAGCACCGCGAGUACUUGCUGCGUGAGAACGAGCUGAGGAAUCAGUUGAGGGCACCCUAUGAACCCGCUCCACCUGUACCCAUUGUCGGCGGCGGAUAUUCGCUGCUGGUCGCCGGGUCGCCCACCCAGAUCUUUCCCACGGCCCAGAUACUGCCCGUGCAGUAUGCCAGUUUGCCGCAACCGCAGCAGCCCAACACGCUCACCCUUAAGACCGUUUCCCCCUCUUCGUCCCACGACCCCAAUCAGACCCUCUUCAACCUGGUACUCCUGCCCGGCGACCAGGUGGCCAACAAAUCCUCGCCAGCAAUGCUCUACCUGCAAUCGUCAACACCUGCCGACAGGGAUGGAGAUGGAGCAGAGGAGCAGCAGGACGAGGCUAGAGCCAAACCCACACCGACUAAAGUGCCUAAAUCGGUUUCCGAUAAAAAACGCUUCUUUGAGUCAGCCAUGGAGGAUCAACACAAGCCCACACAAAAGACAGACAAAGUUUUCUCAUUCCUGUCAAAGGAUGAAGUGGAAAAGCUGCGACAGGAGGAGGAGAGGAAAAUUGCAACAUUGCGCCGUGAUAAGAAUUCCAGAUUACUGGAUGCCGCCAACGACAACAUUGACAAGAAUGCCGCACACCACAAGAACAAGACCAAGAGCAACAGCAACAGCAAGAGCAGCAGCGGCGAGGAUAAUGACGACAGCGACCAAGAGGAGGCCAUCGCUCGCGAGGAUUCCGUUGACAACGCCGCUCUGGGGCACUUCGAUGAUGCGGAGGACAUGAGAACCGCACAAAGUCUGGCGCCGACAAUGCCACAUGCCCCCAGCAAAAUACCCAAGCAGAAGUUGAAAGCGAAACAGAUUGAGGCGACUCCUCCUACACCCACGGCACUUGAUCCGCCCAAGCCCUCGCUGCUGCCCAAGCCAAAGGUCAAGGUUGUCAUUCCACCAGCACUGCAGCAACGUCUUAAGCAGCAGCAGGUGCAGCAGCAGCAGCAACAGUCCCAGCCCGAAGAGCCCUCGAUUCCGGAGGAGGAACCUCAGCAGCAGCAGCAGCAGCAUGAGCCGGAGCCGGAUUCGCCCACCGCCGCAGGGGGCAGUCGCAUACCCGUAAGAACCCUAAAGGCCGAACGCCGCGCCCUGGCCUUGGCAGCCCGCCAAUCCGGACUGAGUGUGGAGGAGUAUCUGAAGCGACUGGAGACGCAGGAUGAUAAAGAGUCCCCGGUUUCGCCCACAACGCCCACUGGCAAAAGCCGUUCCAUGAUUAAUGCUGAGAAGCGCGCCUCCUGGCGGGCAGCUCGUCUUCGAUCCCUGGAACAGGGAGCCGUCGAGGCACAAGAUGUGAUCAAGAAUAUGCGCAAGAUGACCGACGAUCUGAUCACCCACGAGUCCAGGGCCAGCGAGGCUCAGCCGAAAAUAGUCUUUCCAAAAAUUGCCAUAAAAUCGAGCGACGGUCCAGUCAUUGUGCGCGAACGCGAGAAAAUCCUCGAUGAGAAGAUUGUGCGCCGCACUGAGGAGGUGGCAUGCCCCAUUACGGGGCGCCCUCAACUGCGCACCGUCGAGUACAUUGAGAAAAUCAUCGAGACGGAGGUGGAGACCUGCAAGGAGCGCAUCAUAUCCUUGGAGCUGCAGGUGCCCGAAACGGAGGACGGGGGCAGGCUAGAUGACACGCAACCGCCACUGGAACUCGAGGCGGAUGACUUCCAGGACGACGAAGAUGACGACGACGACGACGAUGAGGAAGAGGAAGAAGAAGACUACGAGGAUGAAGAUGAAGAGGAGGACACCGCCUCCAUUGUGACCGUGCAGGCGAACAAUGAGAAGCUGUUCCUGCGCCACGAUUCCGAUACCUAUGGUCCUUCGUCCAUUGAAAGUGUCGCAUCCGGCAAGGUGCGCAUCAAGCCCACGCCGCUGUCCCUUCACCAAACGCUGGCCAAGGAGACCACAAUUGUGGAGGUACUGAAUCCCGUCAUCGGAGGCGACGGCAGUGCCCGCACCAUCCACGUGAGCGGUGGCAUGCCCUUCGAGGAGGACGCUUUUGAGCAGGGCGCCGUGGCCGUGCUGCGCAGCGAAACUUUCGUGCUGCCAGGAGCCGCCGGCGGUGGCAGGUCUGAGUUGUCAUUAAACGCUAAAAUGAAAACCGUGCUCGAGGAGCUGCUGGAGAACGAGCGCGUCAAAUUGAAUUUGCAAAAGAGUCUCGAGGGCGAGGAAGCGGAGGACGAUGACGAGGACGAGAGUGGCAGUGCCUAUGGCGACGCGCGGGACGAUGUGGGUAGCGCCUAUGGCGAUGCCAUUGACGAUGUAGUUGACUUUGGCAGCGCCACGGUCACGAGCCGCUCAGCUAAUGAUAAGGAGGAUGUCAAGAAUGGGAAUGAGCAGCUCCUCGAGGAGCUGAUUAAGGACAGCAACCGCAACACAAUCAUUGCUAAAUUGGCGGGCCAAUUGUCAGACGAUGAUGAAGAGGAUGACGACGAGGAGGAGAGCAGUGACUCCUCGGACGAGGAUAGCGAUGACUCCGACGAGGAGGACAACGCUCAGGAGCAGCUGAAUGUCACCUAUGUGCAGGGCGCCCAGGUGAUCGAGAAUCUCAAUACACUGGCCACGGGCGGAAAGCUGCAAAAGUCGCAGACCUACACCACCAUCAAGCAGGCGGAGGAGCCAAAGGAAGAGGACACAAAACUGGAGGAGGAACCAACCUCGGAGACGCCCUGCGGAGCUGAUACCCUGGCCCAACUGCAGGCCGAGCAACGCGCCCUGGCCGAGAUCUCAAAGCAGUUGCGCAAGUCGGUGGAGGAUUUGCUCAGCGCCGAUGGCGAGACGGUGGUGGAAACUCAAAGGACAUACACUUUGCCCGCUCCCAGCGACAGUUCAGCCGUGGUCACCGUCACCGAGGUGGUCAAGAAGCAGAAGAAAAGGAAAAGCGAAACCGGGGAGGAGAUUUUCAAUCGCCUCCUAAACGCCGGAGAGUCGGAACGUCAGGUUUUCGACCGACAGCAGGGUGAGACCAUCACAACCACCACCACGACCACAGAGGCUGUGAGCUCGGAGGACAACGAGCCGAGCACCAGUGUGGUGACCACCACGCGGACUGUGUCCAAUAUCGUGACCAGCGGCAUUCCCAGGCCAGAAACCAGCAAGCAGAACAACCGCAGCAGCAGCAGCAACAGCAACAGCAACAGCAGCAAUAAUAACCGCAACAAGAACAAGCGAAAGGGCAAAAAGAAGUAGGGGAUAUCCGGCAGCAGCUGGAAGGAAAUGGGCUGAAGUGUUCAAGUUGCGUAUACGCCGUGUGGUGGGUAUGGGUAUGAGUAUGUGAUCCGAGUGAAACCCUACGCGCACAACCUUCCGCACAAACACACUCACUGCCCACACACACACACACACAUACAAACACACAUAUCAGCGUGUUAGAGGGCUCGUUGUCAUCUCUCUAUAUUAGAACCACUAAUUGUAUACAUAUGUAUAUUAUGUAUGUACGAUAUUCGCAUAUGUAUUGAUAAUUUUAAUUAAUUGUGCAAAUAAUGUGUCCCCUGCAUUUACAAUAUCCCAUUUGUUACUAAUCAUCAAAGUGUACGCAUUAAAACAAAAUAUUUUCAUUGCAAAUUAAAAACAAAUCGAAUUGCCGAAUGAUAUAUUGCAAGAAUUUAACUGCAAAUUUAAUGUUGUGCAGCAACCGCAAAGAAACGACAACAACACAAAUCGCCACACUGAGCCCAUCAGAAUUGAAUUAAUACGACAACAGCAUUGGAAGUAAAAAAAAGGAAACAAAAAUCUUAUUUAAUUGAUUUAAAUAAUUUCACUUUGUUUGCAUUUAACUAUCAUUUGCAUACUGCAUCUGGUUUUUCUCCCUCAUUGCGUUUUUUUCCAAAUGGGCUUUGCUUAUUUUCCACAAAUUAAAUUUACGUUUUAUGUUCUAGCACAAAAAGUAGGAGCAAUCCCAAAUCCGUGCCCAGCAGCCGGCCGAAGUAUCCACGAUGAUCCUUCACGAGAACCAUUUUUAAACUUUAAGCAUUCCGAGUGUCCGAGUUUUUCGGGCAUACUCUUAUUAGUUUUAGCCAUAAGCAAACUAAACGCAAAC